UUUGCUUUAUAGUUUACCAUUGCUUUGAUCAAGAAGUGUAUUCUCGAUUUUUCAGCACAUCUGUGGCUUUUUUUGCAUUCGCUGAGUUCACGGUCUAAUGGUGAAUUCUCUUGUUAUAGAACUUCGCUUUUAAAUUGUUUACGUCUAGAAUCACUUCAAACAAGUCAUUUGUUUUUAACGUCGACCUUGCUUGAUGGUUACGUAUCAUUUCAUGUGGUUUCUCAUCUCAUAUUUUUAUUUGUUCAACUUUUGACAGAGCAAACAAACCCGAGUAUUAGUGAUAGUAUAGAAGAAAACAUUUGUAUUGUAACUUCUGUCUGUGUGUGUUUCAGUUCUUAUGAAAAAUAUUCGUAUGAUGGAGGAAAUCAUCGGAGAACCUGCUACAAAGCUUCACGUAGGCAGGAGUAGAAAUGACCAGGUAGCUACAGAUAUGAAAUUAUGGUUAUUAUCAAAUACGAAAUUAUUGGAUGAAGGUAUCAGGCAUUUGAUUAGGAAAAUGGUCUUCAGGGCUUCCCAAGAAAUUGAUAUUAUUAUGCCUGGGUAUACUCAUCUACAGAGAGCCCAACCUGUCAGAUGGAGUCACUUUCUGUUGAGUCACGCUUGGAGUUUGAAGAACGACAAUGACAAAUUGGGAACCUUUCGAAAGGCAACAAGUGUUAUGCCAUUAGGAAGUGGUGCUUUAGCAGGAAACCCAUUCAGUAUUGAUCGUAUCAGCUUAGCCAACUCUUUGAAAUUUGAAGAAAUUACCCCAAACAGUAUGCAAGCUGUUAGUGACAGGGAUUUCAUUGCGGAAUUUUUAUUUUGGGCGUCCAUGGUGGGGAUCCAUCUCAGCAGGCUUGCAGAAGAUCUGAUUUUAUUCAGUUCAAAAGAAUUUGGUUUCAUCAAUCUCUCAGAUGCAUAUUCGACUGGGAGUAGUCUAAUGCCUCAAAAAAGGAAUCCAGAUAGUUUAGAAUUGAUAAGGGGAAUAGGAGGAAGUUUGUUUGGUGAAUGUUGCUCCUUUGUUUUGGUUCUCAAAAGUUUACCGUCAACUUACAACAAAGAUCUGCAAAGUGAUAAGGAAGCCAUGUUUAAGGCAUUCGAUAAAUUGAAAUCCCUACUGGAUGUAGCUAUAGGUACCGUUGAAACAUUGAAAGUUAAUGAAGAUAAAUGUCGAUCAGCUCUGAGUUUGGAAAUGUUGGCAACCGAUGUUGCGUAUUAUUUGGUGAGAAAAGGUGUUCCUUUCAGAGAAGCUCAUCAUCUAGCAGGCCAGGUGGUUUCCGAAUCAGAGAAGAAAAAGGUCAACCUCAGUGAUUUGACGUUAGGAGAAUUGAAACUGAUUAGUGAACAUUUUGAACACGAUAUUGAAAAAGUUUGGAAUUACGAAAAUAGUAUUGAACAGUAUCAAGCCACCGGAGGGACAGCAAAGUCCAGUGUUGAGAAGCAAAUUGAAAAAUUACAAAUAUUUCUACAAGAGGACGUUGCACUGGAUUCCAAAUGAUUUUUUGAUUCUUCAAUAUACUUAGAUUUUUGUGAAAUUAAAUUGGUUUCGAA